CACUCUUCACUAACUUCUCUCCAGCUAGGUCAGUAACACAGCAGACUUCCUCAUCAUGUCCUAUACCAGCAGCAGCUUCAUGUCCUCAGGGGGAUCCUCUCGCCUCUCCAGCAUUGGGGGCGGUAGCCGCAUCGGUGGCAUGAGGGCCGGCAGCAUGUACGGGGGUGCAGGUGGUGACGGGGUGCGCAUCUCCAGUUCCAGCGCCUCCAGGUCAUUCUCUGCUGGCGGCAGUGGUGGUUUCAGAAGUGGCGGUUAUGAUGGUGGUUUCAACCUUGUUGAUGGCCUGGAUGUGCAGGUGUCCGCCAACGAGAAGGCUACCAUGCAGAACCUGAACGACCGUCUGGCCACCUACCUGGAUCAGGUCCGUGCCCUGGAGAAGGCCAACGCUGACCUGGAGCUGAAGAUCCGCCAGUUCCUUGAGUCCAAGACCUCCCCGGCUGCUCGUAACUACGAUCACUUCUAUGUCACCAUCCACGAACUCCAAGAAAAGAUCCAGGAUGCGACUCGCACCAACGGUGGAAUCUACCUCAGCAUCGACAACGCCAAGCUGGCAGCCGAUGACUUCAGGGUCAAGUAUGAGUCCGAGCUGACUAUGAGACAGUCCGUGGAGGCUGAUAUUGCUGGCCUGAGGCGAGUGCUGGACGAGCUCACCAUGUCCAGAUCCGACCUAGAGAUGCAGAUCGAGGGGCUGAGAGAGGAGUUGAUCUUCCUCAAAAAGAACCACGAGGAGGAGCUGCUGGCCAUGCGUUCCCACAUGACCGGCCAGGUCCACGUGGAGGUUGACGCCGCGCCGCAGGCAGACCUCAGCAAAGUCAUGGCUGAGAUCCGCGAACACUACGAGGCCGUCGCCACCAAGAACAACAGGGACUUGGAAUGCUGGUUCCACACCAAGACAGAGGAGCUGAACAAGGAGGUCGCAGCUAGUACAGAAGUCAUUCAAACAUCCAAAUCAGAAAUUUCUGAAGUCAAACGCACGCUGCAAAGUCUACAAAUUGAACUGCAAUCACAAUUAAGCAUGAAAUCCUCCUUGGAAAAUACCCUAGCUGAAACACAGAAUCGUUACUCGAUGCAGCUGUCGGGCUACCAGAGGCAGGUGACCAGCUUGGAGGAGCAGUUGCAACAUCUCAGGGCUGACCUCGAGCGCCAGGGCCAGGAAUACCGGAUGCUGCUGGACAUCAAGACCAGGUUGGAGAUGGAGAUCGCAGAGUACAGGAGGCUUCUGGACGGAGAGGCUGGCAGCGUGCUGACCACAUCCCAGUCCUCGUCUGCAUCCUCAUCCAAAACCACCACAACACGCAAGGUUGUGACAAUUGUGGAAGAAGUGGUGGACGGCAAGGUAGUCAGCUCCAGUGCCGGGACAGUGGUCGAGUCCCAGGAAUCCAAGAAGUAGAGAUUUCACACAAAAAAAACACUAUCUCUCUGAUGCCUGCUGUCAUCCUUUCUCAAAGAGAUUAAGAAAUAAAUGUGUUGAAACCUA